AUGUCCAGCUCUGCCGACGAGAAAGGGAGCGGCUCGACCAGCCAUGACAAUGAUUCUGUGUCGGUGUACGAACGACCAAAAGGCUUGCGCGGGCUGUAUUAUCACCCUAUAACGCAAAUCGUUAUGCUGGCUUUCGUCUGCUUCUUAUGCCCUGGUAUGUUCAAUGCCCUCACUGGACUCGGCGGAGGCGGCCAAGUAGACCCAACAACCUCUGCAAACUCGACUUGUGCGGUGUACGCAACAUACGCGUUCUUCGCGUUCUUCUCUGGGACCGUCAACAACAAGAUCGGUGCCAAACGUACUCUGCUCUUUGGGACAUUGGGCUAUGCGCUCUAUGUCGGUUCUUAUCUGCAAGUUAUUUUUCGUUUUCGUGCAAUCAAUAUCCACCCGGGCGCUGGCUGGUUUGUUGUUACAUCGGGUGCCCUUCUCGGCGUCACUGCCGCAUUCCUCUGGACUGCACAGGGCGCGCUGAUGCUCAGCUACUGUACUGAAGCACAGAAGGGCAUCUUUAUCAGUAUCUUCUGGGCCAUUUUCAACUUGGGAGCAGUCGUAGGAGCCACAGUAUCUUUCGGGCAGAAUAUUCACUCGACGGUAGUCAGCAAUGGCACAUAUGUUGGAAUAUUGGUUCUCACCUUGCUCGGCGUGACGAUCCCCCUGUUGAUGGCCGAUCCCGACAAGAUGAUCCGCACAGACGGCACGAAAGUAGUUAUGCCUCGCCAUCCGUCCUGGAAGUCUGAAUUCUAUGGCUUGUGGGUUGCGAUCAUCACAGACCCCAUGAUCCUCCUGCUUUUCCCGAUGUUCUUUGCGAGUAAUUACUUUUACACUUGGCAGUUCAACGAUUACAACUCAGCGCUUUUCAACAUCCGCGCGAGAUCACUAAAUAAUUUCAUGUACUGGCUUUCGCAGAUCAUUGGCAGCGGAAUGAUCGGAAUCAUUCUAGACACCAGGAGGCUGCGGAGACGCGUGCGCGCAUUCACUGGGUGGAGUAUUCUGCUAGUCAUGACAUUCCUCGUCCACGUCUGGGCCUAUUACUACCAAAGGACUUAUACCCGCGCCUCCAUCCCACAAGACUCGCAGAAGAUGGACAUUUACGACCCAAGAUACCCAGCGCAUGUCUGGCUUAUGAUAUUAUAUGGCGUGCUCGACGCGAUGUGGCAGACGACCAGUUUCUGGCUCAUCGGUGCCAUGAGCAAUGAUACGAAUAAGCUGGCUAUUUACUCAGGGUUUUAUCACUCCGUCCAGAGCGCUGGAGCUGCUGGCGUAUGGCGGAUGGAUGCAAUCGGGCUUCCCUACAUGAACAUCUUCCUCUCAACAUGGUGUCUGGUCGUCGCGGGUCUUGUAUUCGCCUUCCCUAUGAUCUACCUACGCAUCAGAGAUACAACUAUGCUCGAAGACGAGGGCUUGAUGCAAAGAGAUCAGAUCAAUGAUAUGAAGACAAAAGGGAUGGUUGAGGAGAGCGGGAACGAAAUGCCAUGA